UGCGCGAGUGCGCGAGUGCGCCACUGUCCAGCUAGGAUACAGGCGGGUACAGGCAGAUAGCUGGUUCAGUAGAAACCAGUACAACCACGGCCAUUUGCCUUGCAAGUGGUAAAUUCGUGGAUUGAACAGGUACAUCGGGGGGGGAUUAUCAUCAACUCAAAAAAAAAAUCAUCAAAAAAUAGUACAAUUAUUUUUUUCCAAACCUCCUCAGUUUUCUUGACAAUUGUGCGGGCCCCAAACCCGUUAAUAAAUACAAAAUAACGCGACGCAAAAGGAUGAUACACUCGGGGCGUACGAGGCUCGAGAAAAAAGUAAGUCGAGUGGGAGUGGGUGGAGGGGUCGAAGUGGGUCAAGGGAUGGAGGAAUCAACGACUGGUGGUCAAUGGUGGAGGCAACAGUAUCCUCCCUAUCAUCACUAUCAUCAUCAUCAUCAUCAUCACCAUCAAGGCAGUUACUAUCCGUCCCCAUCUCUAGCACACAUUCCUGUCAGUAGCAUGAAGCAAUCCUAUAUGCAGCUGACAUGGGUAUUUCAUGACGAUGAGGCGCAAAUCAACAAAAAACUGCCAAAGGAACUGUUACUCAGGAUUCUGUCAUAUUUGGACGUUGUAUCAUUAUGCCGUUGUGCCCAAGUGAGCAAAGCAUGGAAUGUGUUGGCUCUAGACGGAUCCAAUUGGCAGAGGAUCGAUCUGUUCGAUUUCCAGAGGGACGUAGAGGGACCAGUGAUAGAAAAUAUAUCAAGACGAUGCGGUGGAUUCCUUCGUCAAUUGUCCCUCCGUGGUUGUCAGAGUAUCGGUAAUAAUUCAAUGCGCACCCUCGCCCAAUCAUGUCCAAAUAUCGAAGAACUGAAUCUUAGCCAGUGCAAGAAAAUUUCCGAUGUAACGUGCGCAUCGCUAAGCAGUCACUGUCCAAAACUUCAACGUUUGAAUUUAGAUUCUUGUCCAGAAGUUACGGAUUUAGCACUCAAGGAUCUUUCGGACGGUUGUCCACUACUGACACACAUCAAUUUAUCGUGGUGUGAGUUAUUGACUGACAAUGGAGUUGAGGCAUUGGCACGCGGUUGUCCAGAGCUCAGGAGUUUUCUCAGUAAAGGAUGUAGACAACUCACAGAUAGGGCUAUCAAGUGUCUGGCACGGUACUGCCCAAACUUGGAGGCCAUUAAUCUCCAUGAGUGCAGGAAUAUCACGGAUGAUGCAGUGCGUGAACUGAGUGAGAGGUGUCCUCGACUUCACUACAUUUGUAUAUCGAACUGUCCAAAUUUGACUGAUGCAUCGUUGGUGACAAUCGCUCAACACUGUCCUCUCCUCAGUGUUCUAGAAUGUGUUGCAUGCACGCAUUUUACUGACGCUGGAUUUCAAGCGCUAGCAAGAAAUUGUAGAUUACUGGAAAAAAUGGAUUUGGAGGAGUGUGCUCUUAUCACUGACGCAACGCUCAUCCAUUUAGCAAUGGGCUGUCCACGCCUCGAAAAAUUGAGUUUAUCGCACUGUGAACUCAUAACUGAUGAAGGGAUUCGACAGCUGGCUCUGUCCCCCUGUGCUGCUGAAAAUCUCGCCGUGCUAGAACUUGACAACUGCCCAUUAAUAACUGAUGCCAGUCUGGAUCAUCUUCUCCAGGCUUGUCAUAAUCUUGAACGCAUCGAACUCUACGAUUGCCAACUGAUCACAAGAUCUGGCAUACGUAGACUCAGAACUCACCUGCCCAACAUAAAAGUCCACGCCUACUUUGCACCAAUGACACCACCACCAAGUGCCGGUGCAUCACGACAACGGUACUGUCGUUGCUGCGUAAUCCUGUGAUUCCACAUCAACAGAACAAUCUUUAUUUUUUCCUCGUUUCAAGCGAAACUCGGAGCAUUUUAUUGUCUUUCCCAUCCGCAAUCGAAGGAACAUCAUUUCUGUGAAUAGUCGAACGGAGCAAUUUAUACUUGAGUCAAGAAACUCUGAUAAAAUUGGUAGUUUUAUCGUUCGGAGACUAAAAGUGCCUAAUGGCAGUAGAUCAAUUAUUUUUAUUGGAAUUUUAAUUUUUUCUUAAUCAAAGAUGAAUCAUACUUUUCUCAUCACUCGACUGUACAUUUUAGAAUUAAUCUUCAGUUCUUUACUUUUUAAUAGUCGAAAUUUUCUUCUUUAAAUCAUAAAAAAAUUCACAAUGGUUCUUUCGGCGAUAGAUAUGAACCAGGAGAGUACAGACUGAAAAAAAAUUUUAACGAAACAAAAAAAGUAUUCUAAUGCCUAACUAAAAUCUCUGAAAAUGUGGAAAUUAAUUUUUCGUAGUGGAGUGUUGAAAAUGUUAAUCGUGCAAUCAACUUGGUCACUAAUGAUUUGCGAAAAAAAAAUCGCAAGACCUCUUUUUGGAUAUCCAACCGACAAAUUUAUUAGAACAAUUGCCUCCAAGGGUCACUCAUUAUUGAAAUAAUAACCUUUACCACUUCGCUGCUGAUAUGCUUCUUUUUCGGCCAUCAACGGAUCGUUUCAAUUUUUGUUAUUCAGUAUAAAAAAUACAAUUAAUGAAUGAAUUCAAAACAAAUCCGGAUACUCGAAAAUAUCCGAAUUUUGUGAGUAAUAAAAUUAGGCUGAGCCCUUUACCGAAAGAACUUUUGGCGAAUGUCUCAAUCUGUAAAUUUGAGGAUGAAUUGAAUCAUAAAUUUUUGCAAUUGUAUGCGCGAACGAUUCCUAAUGUUUAAUAGCAUAAGAGACGUAUCACGUUCUAUCUAAUUAAUUGAUAAAAUCAUGAAAAAAAGAAGGGGGGCACAUAGAUAUAAAAAAAUAUAUGAAUAUAUAUAUAGAUAUGUUUUAUACGCUAAAUGUUGUCACUAGAUACGAAACGUACGUUAAUCGCUGUCUAUUAUUACCCGCAACAUCGAAUGCGUACGUUAAGAUUUGAUUCCAAUGAUCCAGAGGUUAACUAUCAUUGUUAUACAUGAAUUCACUGAUGAUCCUAAUGUUUUUGGUUCGUUCUGACGUGCAACGUAUGCGGCUUGAAAGAAAAAUGUUUGCCCAACGUAUUCUUGUUGCGAGUUUUAUUAUUUACCAACUCUCAAAUUAAAUUCGUAAUUCUUAACAAAACAUUGAAUUCGUCGUGGUAACCAAAUACAACAUUUUUCCUCAGCCUUUUUUUUUCCAAUCAUAUACAAUGCUCGUUACAGUCUUUUAUACAUUAGAUCAUUACCUAAUAAUCAUAUGUUGCCAUAUUCGGAGGUUGAAAUUGUAAGGAGAUUCGUUGAAAAUUAUAGCUAGCCUCUGAACUGUAUGUUAAAAAAUCGUUGAUUCGCUAAAAACAUAUUAUUUUGCAAAUUUUCAUCAAAUUGUUGAUGACUCAUGACAUUUGAACAAAAAUCGUUAAUUUGGGCAAUGAUAUCACGGCUGAUUUGUUAAUGAUCUUUUCUGUCCGUGUAAUUGACGUAUUAUCCAUUGAUUUGAACGUUGAAAGAAUGCGUUGACGGAAUGCGUGACUGCAAGUCGUGGAAGAAAAACAUUUUAAAAAGUGAGAAUGUGAUUGAGCAAAUGUUUGGCUGUGCUGUAGACUAGAAUUGAUUAAUAUUCGUUGCAAAAGAUCUGAGAGUAAUUUGUCAAGUUCAUAGUUAAGAGGUAGAAUUAAAUCCCAGAUUAGGUUUAUCCAUUGGUAUUAAGUUGUCAAGAUGUUUUUUGGUCUUUUAUAUGAUAAUCCGAAUACAUGUAAACUCGCACGAUUCAAAGGCACUGAAUCGUACUCGUUAUAUUUCGCUGCUUCGAUGAGUCGCAGUCUACCAUGUAUAUAUUUUCAUCGAAUAUAUGUACAAUAAAUUAUAUGUAUAUAUAUAAUUA